AUGAACAGGACAUUACCGCGUCUACGGUGUCGCAACCUGCAGGCGAGACUGCUAAAGACUCAAUAUCAUCCAGUCUUGGCCCGCAGCUUCGCAGACGUCAAACGACCUCCCUCGGCGCCAAAACCAAUUGUCGAUAUCAAGCACAUUCGACAACAUGCUGAGCUUUAUCAGCAGACUUGCGUAGAGCGCAAUUAUCGCAAGCAAGCGCAGAACCCAGCAAAAAUAUUAGAAUUGCACGCCAGAUGGCAGGAUCUCCAGCGACAAGGCCGCGCUCUGCGUGAGCGAUCAAAUCUUUUGAGGCGUCAACUUGCGAACCCGGCGACUAGCAGCGGCGAUGAAGAUCUCAAAGAAGUGCGCCAAUUGACCCGUGAGCAGAUCCAGGAUGAGGCUCGACAACUCAAGCAGGACCUUUCCGCCAUUGAAAAGGGAGAAUCGCAGGCGGUUACUCAGAUGGAAGAGCUUGCUCUAGAAUUGCCCAAUCUCACUCAUCCAGAUACUCCCAAGGGAAGUGAGUUUGAGGUCAUGAGCUAUAUCAACGAUCCACCCACUUUCACAGAAUCCCCCGAGGAUACGAUCUGGCGCUCUCACGUUCACAUCGGCUCUGAGCUUGGUAUAUUCGAUUUCGCCGGUGCUGCUACUACUUCCGGUUGGGGCUGGUACUAUCUCCUCGGUGAGGCUGCCCAACUUGAACAGGCCUUGGUCCAAUAUGCACUUGCUGUCGCAACUCGUCAUGGCUGGACACAAGUAUCGCCUCCCAGCAUGGUCUACAGUCACAUCGGUGCUGCCUGUGGAUUCCAGCCCCGCGAUCUCAACGGCGAGCAGCAAGUCUACACAAUCGCUCAAUCAGCCGACGAUGCCGAGCGCGGUGUCCCUGAGAUGUGCCUCACUGGAACUUCCGAGAUUGCUCUCGCAGGAAUGAAGGCCAACACCAAUCUUGACUCGGAAGAUUUGCCUCUUAAGCGAGUUGCUGUCUCGCGCUGUUAUCGCGCCGAAGCCGGAGCUCGUGGUGCUGACACCAGGGGUCUCUACCGAGUACACGAGUUUACCAAGGUUGAGAUGUUCGCAUGGACAACACCAGAUGAGGACGCUUCUCAAGACAUCUUCGAUGAGAUGCUUGAUAUUCAGACUGAGAUCCUUUCUUCGCUCGGUUUAUACUGUCGUGUCCUCUCAAUGCCUUCUCACGACCUCGGCGCCUCCGCCACCCGCAAGAUCGACAUGGAAGCUUUCUUCCCCAGCCGUCGCGACAACUGGGGUGAGGUGACAUCAGCCAGCAUGUGCACCGACUACCAGACCCGUCGUUUGGGAACACGAACCCGUCUCGAUGGAAAGCUCGCCUUCCCCUGGACGGCCAACGGCACAGCGCUGGCUGUUCCCCGUGUAAUAGCAGCUCUUCUAGAGAACGGAUGGGAUGAGGAGGCUAAGACUGUCUCAGUCCCCGAGUGUCUGCGGCCAUGGAUGGAUGGUAAGGAAAAGAUUGGUCUCGGUGGUCGCCGGUCCAGCGUGGAUCGCGUGUAA